AAAUCAAAAAUCGACUCCAAACUUCUCACCGCUUCAAAAUCACUUCAAAAUCAACCCUCUCUCUCUCUCUCUCAAACAUAUACAUAUAAAUAGAUACAAUUUCCAUCUUUGUUUUGAGAAAUCGUAUUUAUUCUCGAAAUGAAUGCUGAUUGAUCAGCACCCUACCCAUCGCUACCACCUCCAAAGAUUCAAAUUCAAUUCAAUCACUCACCCCAACACCAAAUUAAACCUCAUUCCAUCACAAUUGGAUAAGAAUUCAAUUAACCCUCUCCCCUCUCUCCCCAACCAAUCCCCCAAAUUGAAAAACAGAGCAAAAUUCAGUUACCAAAGAUUGAAUUUGAUCACUCAAAUCAAUCCAUGGACAAUGAUUACCUAAGAGAGAUGGAGGGAAAAUCCGCCCACGACCCCUACACCAAGUCCGCCGUGGUCGCGGGGCCGCUGAUCGUCGGCGCCGGCCCCUCGGGGCUGGCGGCGGCGGCGUGCCUGAAGGAGCGCGGCGUGCCGUCGCUGGUGAUCGAGAGGUCCAGCUGCAUCGCGUCGCUGUGGCAGCUCAAGACGUACGACCGGCUGAAGCUGCACCUGCCGAAGCAGUUCUGCGAGCUGCCGCUGAUGGCGUUUCCGGCGGAUUUUCCGACGUAUCCGGACAAGCAGCAGUUCGUGGGGUACCUGGAGGCGUACGCGGCGCGGUUCGGAAUCCGGCCGGUGUUCAACCAGGCGGUGGUGAGCGCGGAGUAUGACGGGAAGCUGCAGAUGUGGAGGGUGAGGACGGACGCGGCGGCGGAGUACGUGUGCAGGUGGCUGAUCGUGGCGACGGGGGAGAAUGCGGAGGCGGUGGUGCCCCGGAUAGAGGGGAUGGGGGAGUUCGGGGGGAGCGUGGUGCACACGAGCGGCUACAAGAGCGGGGCGGUGUACGAGGGGAAGAGGGUGCUCGUUGUCGGGUGCGGGAACUCCGGCAUGGAGGUUUGCUUGGAUCUGUGCAAUCACAAUGCAAGGCCUUCUCUUGUGGUUAGAGAUACAGUGCACAUUCUACCAAGAGAGAUGAUGGGGAGAUCGACUUUCGGGCUGUCCAUGUGGUUGCUAAAGUGGCUGCCCAUGCGCCUUGUCGAUCGGUUUUUGCUAGUCUCGUCAUGGCUAGUGCUAGGCGACACCGCCCGCUACGGGCUCGACAGGCCCCGGGUGGGGCCUCUCGAGCUCAAGAGCUUGUCCGGGAAAACCCCGGUUUUGGACGUAGGAACCCUUGACAAGAUCAAAAGUGGAGACAUCAAGAUAUGCCCCGGAAUUCAAAGGCUAUGGUAUAAAUCAGCAGAAUUUGUGGAUGGAAGAGUGGAAAAUUAUGAUGCAAUAAUACUAGCAACUGGUUACAAAAGCAAUGUACCAUGCUGGCUAAAGAAAAGUGAGAUGUUCUGUGAGAAAGAUGGGCUCCCAAAAAGGCCAUUUCCGAAUUGCUGGAAAGGCGAAUGUGGCCUAUACGCGGUUGGGUUCACCAAACGCGGCCUUCUUGGGGCGUCUAUUGAUGCCAAGAACAUCGCUGCAGACAUCGCGAGCUCUUGGAAGCAAACCAUCUCGCCGCCCAAAUACUCCCCGAAUUUCAUGCAAAAACACCUUUAAUCUCGAUGAUGAUGAUGGCGCCUUUGUUCGGUGUUUCCUCCCUUUUAAGGGUGGGGGCCGGGGAGAGAUGGGCUCUGCCCGGCCCUUAAUGCCCAUGUCGGGUUUUAUGGAGUCGUGGGUUGGACUUAAGCAAGAAAAAUACGGAUGAAAGAAAAUUGGAGAAUUUUUGGGGGUGCUAAUGUUUGAGAUACAAGGAUUGGUACCAAAGGAAUCUCCAUGAAAAAUUAAGGUUGAUUUUGUUAGGGUUUAUAGUAGUAGUAGUAGUAGGUGCAGUACAUUUUGUACAUGGAAAUUUUCAUCUCUAAUUUCAUUAGUGAUUUAUUGACUUUUAAUUGCUAGGUGAAGAAUUCUUGAAAGUGGAUGGAUUGUGUUCUCGAGUGGUUUAAUUAUAUGUUAAUUAAUUUUUGCAAUGCCAUGCUUUUUAAUUUUU